AUGGGUGAGGCCAAGCCUCUUUUGACGCCCAUGUCAACCACGACAAAACUUGAUGCUGAUGAGGACAGCGAGCCCAUGGACCAGAAGGAGUACAUGAGCAUGAUUGGCUCCCUCCAUAUAAGCAGGCUUGAUGCCAGUGAAAACCAAGGCGAUGCAACAUCCACUACCUCAGAUUCAUCUGAGCAUGGCAUCAGUGAGGCUAUCCAUAUUGAAACUAGAUUGGAACAUGGAAGUGCAACAACAUCAUCUGUUAUUGGAUCUGGUGAUGACAGGGAUAACUCAUCUGAUAGAUCCUCUGCAGGAAAAAAAUACGGUGACUCUAUCUGGUCAGAGAACUCCCGAGGAGAUUCUUCCAGUGGAGUGAAUGGUUCUUCAGAAACGUCUACCAAUGGUGGUGAGCAGGUGGAUCCCAAGACUGAAACUAGCACAUCCACCAGUAACGAGCACAAUGAAUCUCAAGGGGCUGAUGGCAGUUCUGGAUCAAAUAACUGUAACGGCCCUGAACAAACCAGUAAAACUGAAAGGCAGUGA